UCUGACAAGAGAAGAAAGGGGAAAAAACUCCGCGAGACGCUCAACAAAGCCGAAGAAGAGUGAACAAAGUGACAGCACGACUUGAUAAAUCAGCUGAGUUUGUGUUUUAGUCUAAUGGAUGUUAACUGACAGUUUCAGCGGUCGUUUUAUUCCGAUGGGGCGCUUUGGCUCCAGGCUGUUUACUGCCCCGUGGUAGAUGUGUAGAUGUUUAAACAUGUGUUUGCGGUAACAUUCAAGUCGGCGGUACGGCUACAGCCUUCCAGACAAGUGCCAAUGCUGAGGAAUGGAUGGUGAAGAAGUGAACAUGGUGUCCACUCGGGAUGAACAGGUGGAAGGGAACAGCGCGGACACAUCAGCCAUCCAGCAGUGCCAACUUCUCCAAAACAUCAUCGACAUCACCAUCUCCAAUUUACAGGGACUCCGGACGAAGUGCGCAGCGUCCAACGACCUAACACAACACGAGAUACGCACCCUGGAGGUGAAACUGGCAAAGUACAUCACUAAGCAGCUGCAAUGUAAGCAGAGGGUUCCGUUGUGUGAGCGAUCGCUGGCCCUCAGCGCAUUCCCACAUCUAGUGGAUUGGCUCCAUACCAUUAACCUCAGGCCUGAAUUCAUAGAGUCAUUCCCAGUGAAUCUGUCUCUCGAUGCAUUGCUGCAGAUGUCUGGUUCUCAGGUGCAGGAGACCAUGAGGAAAUUGGGCUCCAGUGCUGAUGAGUGCUCCCGCAUCACUGCUGCCCUUUCCCGUCUCAAGAGCAACAGCACCUCCUCUACCUCCUCCACCUCCAGCUCUGGCCCUUGGACAGGACGGGAGCUCAAAGAAGACGGAAUUCCCUGGAUCGUAGAACCUGCUCACUGUGACACCCCAGCUAAUCAGCUCUCCUGCUUCACUCAAAGCUCACAACUCUACAGCCCAAACCCAGCCAUUAAUGUUCCUUUUGCCCCCACGAUGCCUGGCUCCCAACGUUCUGUGUCUGUUUCUGCUGUACCCUCUCUGGACUUCCCAACGGGGUCCCAUCUUAUCCCAUUAUUGAAUGGACUAACCGACCCCUUCUACUCCUCACCUCAGCUGCUACGGCGCCCACAGGGAAUGGUAUCGACUCCGCCCCCUACACCACCCGCUAUUAGGAAUGACCUCUUGAAGCCACCACACACACCACCACCGCCAUCCAAGCUCCGCCAGCUUUUUCCCGCCCUUCCUCGUAGCAAGAGCCACACGCAGCUCGCCAACCGCAUAGAGGAGCCUGCACACAAGAAUGCAACAAAGAAUAAGAUGCUUCUCAAUGUCCAUGUAAAUGUGCAAGAUGUGAGAAAUGGCUGUGAUGAUUCACUUUCACGCUUGCCACUGCUCUCUGUUCCUUCUCCACACAUUAUUCCCAACACACGAAUCCAUGUGGAAAGUCCAACACUGAAAGACAAAGGAAGAUCUCCACAGGCUAUGAGGAGAGAUUAUGGUCUUACAAUCACACAUAGGUUUUCCACCAAGUCUUGGUUCUCCCAAACGUGUGCGGUGUGUCGGAAAAAUAUGCUCUUUGGUGUAAAGUGCAAACACUGCAAGUUAAAGUGCCAUAACAAGUGUACCAAGGAAGCACCUCAGUGCCAGAUAAUUCCAAUUUCUAAAAUCAGAAGGACAGAGUCAGUUCCUUCUGACAUUAAUAACCAGGUGGAGCGGCUACCUUCAACUACACAAUUUGGCACAUUACCAAAGACUUUAAACAAAAAGGACAUUCCUCCACCGGUUAUUCAGCCAGACUCCAGCAGUAACCCCUCUUCCACCACCUCUUCCACACCUUCCUCACCUGCCUUCAGCUCAAGCAACCCACCAAGUGCCACUCCACCAGCAAACCCUUCUCCUAAAGGGCCCAAUGAUGGCCGAUUUCACUUCCCAGCUUCCUGCCAUUAUCAGUUCAGACAACAGUUUAUCUUCCCUGAUAUAUCGAGUUCUCAACAUCAGGAUGGCCAUGAAUUAGGAGAGACAGAACAAGCAUCGAAUGAGCUGGUCAUACAGGCAGUGAGGCAGGAAGAAAAUAACGAUGUGGAUGGUGAAGAAGAUCAACAGGAAAAUGAAAGACAAGACGAGGCGGCUUCUUAUGGGGAAUCUGAAGGUGAAGAUGAUGAACUGGACGACCUGCCCAGCUGCACGAGACCCUGGAAGGGCCCCAUCUCACGCAAGGCCAGCCAGACGAGUGUAUACCUGCAGGAGUGGAAUGUUCCCUUCGAGCAAGUUGAGCUUGGGGAGCUUAUAGGGAAAGGCCGCUGGGGAAAGGUGUACCGAGGACGCUGGCAUGGGGAGGUGGCCGUGCGCUUGCUGGAAAUAGAUGGGAAUAACCAAGACCACUUGAAGCUUUUCAAGAAGGAAGUGAUGAACUACAGACAGACUCGGCACGAGAAUGUGGUGCUGUUUAUGGGAGCAUGUAUGAACCCUCCUCAGCUGGCCAUCAUUACAAGUUUCUGCAAGGGUCGGACACUGCACUCUGUUGUCAGAGAUUCUAAAAGCUCACUUGACAUCAAUAAGACCAGGCAAAUUGCUCAGGAAAUCGUAAAGGGAAUGGGCUACCUCCAUGCAAAGGAUAUCGUGCACAAGGAUUUAAAAUCCAAAAAUGUGUUUUAUGACAACAACAAAGUGGUGAUCACAGACUUCGGUUUGUUUGGAGUAUCAGGAGUGGUGCAGGAGGAUCGGCGAGAAAAUGAACUGAAACUGCCUCAAGGUUGGAUUUAUUACCUUGCUCCUGAGAUUGUGCAGAAGAUGUGUCCUGGAAAUGAAGACCUCUUACCCUUUUCUAAAGCUGCUGAUGUUUAUGCCUUUGGCACUAUCUGGUAUGAGCUGCAGGUGAGAGACUGGCCUAUUAAAACCCAGCCAGCUGAAGCUGCUAUCUGGCUGCUGGGAAGUGGAGAAGGCAUAAAGAGACAGCUGGCCCAGAUCAGCCUGGGCAAGGAAAUAACGGAGAUCUUGUGUGCGUGCUGGUCCUUUAAACUUGAGGACAGACCAACAUUCUCUCAGCUAGCUGAUUUACUAGAGAAGCUUCCUAAGCUCAACCGGAGACUCUCCCACCCUGGACAUUUCUGGAAGUCUACUGAGUAUGUAUCAUAGAGCUGUGAGCUUGCAUGCUGUCAGCCUGCACUUCCUCACUAAAGAGAGCAAGCCGAAGUGAACUCUUCACAGUAAUCUUUAAGCGAUAAAUGUGUGUCUGAAUGUGUGUAAAGUCUUCUUUGUUUCCUGAGCCUUAUCCAAGAGUCUUAAAUUUGUAAGACAUUUUUAAAGUAUAUCUGAUUUACCUUCAACACAUGAUUUCAAUUCAGAAUUCAGUGAAUUCAUUGCAGCAGAAAACAUCGCAGCAAAAUUCAUUUAUUUUUUUAUGAGCUUCGGUUUAAAAUGUGAAUAUUUUAUUGUGAGAAACAGCUCUAUAUGUUUAGUCUGAGUAAUGAAAUGUGUGAUAUAUUGUAUGGGGGUGUGUUUUUUUUUUUGUUUGUUUGUUUUUUUUAACUGAUGAUUCUCGGGAUAAGGUGCAGAGUACUGUACUUUAUCUAUUUGAUUUCUCCUGACAGUUAUUUUGGUACAUUAGAAUCAGUCUUCAUACAUCAUAGUCACAUAUUUCUAAUGCCGUUAGUAGAGAUACACCAGAAGAUAUAUAAACAGUAAAUAUUAUAAUAUUGGUCAGGUUGAGAUCAUGUGUAUCUGGAAGCAGAAGAGAAAACAAUAGCUUUGGGAAAUGAAAAUCUUUGCAUUCAUAAUAAAUGUAUUUUUGUAUUCUCUCUGACCUUUCUUUCCUCUAUGUCCUCUCUGUGCCGGGACUGGAUCUAUUGUCUCGUUUUGCCAACUGCUCCUUUUUACUGUCUGGGAUAAACCACCAUUCUUCCACUUUACUACAUCUCAAAAUUCAACCCAAAUCCUCCAUCUUCUUUUCUUUGUCAAUCUGUUUUUUUCCUCUUGCGUCCUCCAAAUUCUCCUUCCCACAACAAUCAUGUUAGUCCUUUGUGGCUUCUCUCUGCAUCCAGCUCUUGGCAUCAUCACUGUCUGCGGGAACACUGUACCCAGGGAAUGUGUUCUCACUGCCCCUACAUAUACAGAUAUGAUAGUUAGUGCACAGCUUCAGCACACAUGAGCAUGACUGGUCCACUUAAUGAAUGUGACAUUUGAAACUUGCUUCAGAAAUCAAGCUUUAUUUACUGUUUGAUUUGCUUGUAAGCAUCGCAGACAAGGGCGAUAUGACAAAAUAUUAAUAUUGCAUAUAGUAUUAAGUUAAGACACAGUACAUUUUUUUAAUUGGCCAAACUGAGUGUUGUGAUUAAGGGUGAAUGAUGUAAUGAAUUUGGUAUGACCACAAUAAAAUAUGUAGAAUUACACUUUGGCUAUCAUUAACAAUUCUACAACAUUGAACAACUCUAUUGUUAGUUAGACUGAAACCUAACUGAAUAAAUAUAUAAACAUUUUCUUCCUUGUUACUUUUUCAAAUGUUUAUUUUUUUUGUAGUUUUUUUAUUCAAAUUUCUACUUUGAUUAAAUCAAAGCUUUCCAUUGUGUUUCUCAUAGCAGGCCAUGUGAGCUUACACAUUAUAACUAAAUUUCACAACAUAUUGUAUAUCAUCAACACAUCUUCAAGUAUCAUACUAUUUUUACGAUACCCACCUUACUUAUUCAUCUUUAGCCCAUCCCAGGAACACUGGGAACACACACUGAAUGUGACACAUAAUCAUCUAAUGUCUUACAUAUGGAAACAUUUUCCAGGUGUCAUGAUUUGGUAUCCUUGCCAUAUUGCCCACCCAAAGAUCACCACUUUUUUAUUUCCCAUUCAUGUCUAUCAUUGACUAGGCUUGUGUGAAGACUUUUCCCUGCUUGCUAUAAUCCAUCAAACAUAAAUAACAGGAAAUAAACAGGAAACAGGAUUUCCACCAUUUCAGGUUUGAUGACAGUAAUAAUAAUUCUAGUUGUGCAAUUGGGAGCUGUUUGACUGCAUCAACAAUUGUCUAAACCUAGCUGUAUAUUAUAAGGUGAUUCUACAAAUAUGUGCAAUUUGUACAGACACUUUGUUAUUUUUAGGUCAAAAUGUCUUUUGUCUUUUUUUUCUUUCAGUUCAAAACACAAAGCACCUUUUUUUUCAUCUUCAGAUUUAAGGUGUCUUCCCAAAUAAAUAUAUUUCUAUGAUAGACAAAUGAAUGUCAAACAUACAUUAAUAGAUAGAAUUUAAUAUUUUUAAACUCAAAACAUUCUCUGUUUAAAUUGAAUGAGGGUGUCCAUUAAUAUCAAAAAGUGCAAAACACCUUUCCAGAUGAAUGUAGGGCUCAUUUCCCUUUAUUUGAGGAGAAAAAAAAUAUUCCUUUGGUGUACCUUGGUGUUACCUCAUAUAUAGAAGUCAAGUGCAAAAUGUGUGAAGGUUGGCAGGGCAGGUAACACUAUAUAUCACUGGAUAUCAUGGCAGUGGAAAAUAAUUUACAGGUGAUUAAAAUGUUAUAUCACACAAACCAAACCAAUCGGUGAGAUAUCUGACGUAUGUAACUUUUAAAAGUUUAAGUUUUUUCUAUAUUUGGCAGUGUUUUAAUUGAAGAUGAUUCUACUGAAUUAGCGUCAUAGUCUCUGUUGCCUUUUCCUUCUCGUCUCUCAGAGCUAGCUGGUCUGAGCACAUAAACUGUGCUGAGAUCUCUGCCGAUUGUUUCUGUAGUUUGUACCUAGGUUAUAAAGGAUCUCUUUGUAAAACUCUCACAUAUGAACACCUGCCUGAUCCUGCUUGCUAUACUUAAGAGAUUACUAAUGAUGCUGCUGAUCCCUUAUUCAUGCCUUACUGAAGCUGACAAAGCUAGCAGUUAUCAUGCCUUAUCUUAUUUGUAAUCCUCAUAUUACAAUCUUUAAUGUAAAGUUGGGGUAAAGCUGUCUGCACUUUAACUGGAACAUUUGUGGAAUAAUGUCAUUCUUCUCUCUGUCUGCAAAUAAUGAACACAAUGACUUUGAUUUCAUCUACUGUGUCUUGUAAGUGAAUUAAAGUGAGAAGGUGGACAUGGAGCAUUUGUAAGAAUGUGUGUUUAACUGAUUUAUACUUUAUGUAUAGCAUGUUUUUUUGGUUAAUUUGGAGAGUGGAAUGUUCAGAGAAAUAUACUGAUGGAAAUGUGCUCUUACAAGGGAUUAUGCAUGGAGGCGGGAGAUGCAGAUGAAACUUUUGCUUGUAACUGAAAUAAAAAAAAGCAAACCUUUUGUGAUUUUGAAUUUGUAGAAUUUAUAUUUAUUUAAUAUUCAGCCCAGCCUCCUAUUAUUAUACCACUUUUAUAUGAUUGUCAUUACAGCUUUUGGAGUAGGUACUUUAUUCUUGUUUUAUAGAUAUGAACAUAAGUAUGUUGUAAAACGUGAAAUGUACAUUUUUGGUUUAAUAUGUGUUUUAAUGGAUUUAAGGAUAUAAGACUUUAUCUUUGUACAGCAUGUUUAAUGUCUUGGGAAAGUUUAUGUACUGUUCUGUUCAACCUUAACAAGCAAUAAAGCCUAAUUUGUUAGUGUUUAUGUAUGA